UUAGACGUAAGAAGAAUUUCACAAAGGAUAAUAACAUCAAUAAUAAUAAUAACAAUAACAAAAAGAACUAUGCGAUUACAAACUAGCUUAGUGCCAACUAUAAUGGCCUUCAGUUGCUUGAUUACAGUGCAAAUCUAUGGCAUACAAGAUGCAAGUGGCAAACGAAUUGUGAGCAACUAUGAAAGGAUUAAAGAAAUUUAUCCCGAGGUGGGCACUGGCAGUGAAUCCUCACAGUGGCGUUCCGCUGACAAGGGCAUGCCUCAUCCAUGCCGACGAGAUUGUGUGGAUCAGGUGCCGAUGACCUGCUAUUAUUAUAUGGUGGUCCACUAUGACGAAACAAUGUCAGAGACAUGCAAGCGUUACUUACAGUCCAAGUACAGAUAUAAACUGAAUGGCAAGCAAUUCAUCGAUGGCAUCUUGCUGGCGGAAACGGAGCCCAAAGUCGACGACUGCAAAUAUGCUGACGGUGUAGAGUCUCAGGUGAUGGUGGUCAAUGGUCAACUACCAGGACAAGCUAUUGAGGUUUGCUAUGGUGAUACUAUAGUAGCGGAUGUAAUUAACAGUUUGCACGAUACGACAACCAUCCAUUGGCAUGGCAUGCACCAGCGCUUGACACCACAUAUGGAUGGAGUGCCGCAUGUGACUCAAUAUCCUAUUGAAGCGGGCCAGGCUUUUCGUUAUCGCUUCGAGGUAGACCAUGCGGGCACGAAUUGGUGGCACAGUCAUACCGAGCAUCAGCGCGCCUAUGGCUUAGCCGGUCCACUAAUCGUACGCCAGCCGUUUCAGAAUAAUCCGCAUGCGCAUCUUUAUGAUUUUGAUCUUUCAGAGCAUAUUAUCAUGAUCCAGGAUUGGGUGGAUAAUUUUGAUGAAAGUGUGGCCGAAAACAUUCUCGUUAAUGGUCGCGGACGUAAUCUUAAAAAAAACAACAAGUCCAAGGCGACUCUAUAUUCCCAUUUCUCAGUUAUACGGGGUGGUCGAUAUCGUUUUCGAGCCAUUUUCAAUGGGGUCUCCAAUUGCCCGAUUAGCCUAAGUAUUGAUGACCAUGAUUUGGAAGUCAUUGCAAGCGAUGGCAAUGACAUUGAGCCAGUAAUUGUUCAGAAGAUUAUGUUCCAUGGUGCUGAAAGAUUUGAUUUUGUAUUACACGCUAACCAGGAGGUAGCAAAUUACUGGAUCCGCAUCAAGGGAUAUAGUUUCUGUGCCAAAAAUCAGUUACAUCAGGAGGCUGUGUUACAUUACCAGGACGCUGAUGCCAGAGCCCUGGACACACGAACCCUGACCUAUGCCUACGAUGCUCCAGGUAUUAUGUUGAAUCAGCUAGAAGAUGGCAGUGCCGAAAGCAUAUCGCUUGCUUCCCUCAACUCACAGUACUCCAAUUUAAUGCAGCAACCGUCUAUGACAUACUACACCAGCAUGAAUGCCUAUGAGCUGCGAGGUGAGGGCUUCCGUUUUCAGAUGGAUGACAUUACCUUUAGCAUGCCCAAAAUGUCCCUGCUUCAGACACGUAAUUUGGGCAUUGGCCAGCUAUUCUGUAACAAUUCGCAGCAGGCGGCACUAGGAUUAAAUUGCCGUCAGCGCCACUGUAAGUGCUCUAAUGUAAUUCACGUACCGGCCUAUAAGCAUGUUGAGUUUGUCAUCUCGAGCAAGUCCAAUACACCGCAUCCCAUUCAUCUGCAUGGAUAUACUUUUCGCGUGGUGGGCAUGGGUACUCUGGGUGAGGAGCGUGUCGGUCAGAUUGAAGAAAUUGAUCGUCGCACUCCGCUCCCACGACGCGGACAUGGUCCCCUUAAGGAUUCGGUGCAGGUGCCAGCCUUUGGCUAUACAAUCAUUAGAUUUUACACAGACAGUCCAGGCUAUUGGAUGUACCAUUGUCACAUCUCACCACAUUCGGAGAAUGGCAUGGCGGCAGUGGUGCGCGUAGGCGAGGAUUUGGAGAUGAAGAUGUGCCCUGUCAGCAAUUGCGGGUUGUGCAGUUCUGUGGCGUGAGACUGACAAAUUCGGAAUAAAUUUAUUUGUAUUGAAUAAACUUUUUAAACAUU